GUUUGUCGUCUUUAAUGAGUGGUCUUCAAUCGUCUGUAAUUUGCAGUAAAAACAAAAUGGCAUGUGUGAAUGCAAAAGAGACAAGAAACUGUGGCGUUAUGUGAGUAUUACAGCAUUUUUGCAGUGCGCCGAGAGAGUGAGAUUAUCCCCGAAACACAGAAUGCUUGUUGUCCAUAAAGAAACAUUGGAGAGCAACUCUGUGGCCACUUGAGCAGCAACAGUCGUGCAGUGUGGAUCGACACAUUUGUGCCCCCGAAAAGAGACCAAAAAACCCUGAGAGAAAAGUGACGAGACAGAGCGGAAGGUGAAUUGGACGAAAGUAAAAGUGUUUGCGAGUGAAAUUGGAGUGGGUUUGAAAUGAAGGAGGUGCAGAAGGGAAUAACAGCCGCGGACGAUUACGUCUUCCAGCUGGAUGACGAUCUGAAGGAUUGCGCUGAGCGCGAACUCCGCGAAACCAGUGCCGUGCGCAAGGCGGCAAUUGAGGCGAUCAGGCAGUGGUUGGCACAGCAUCCGAAAAUCCUCGCGACGCGCCUCGACGCCAACUUCAUCCUGCGCUUCCUGCGGAACAAGAAGUUCAGCGUUCCCAUCACGCAAGAGUGCAUCGAGAGAUAUUUGCUGCUCCGCAAGAUUCGCAAUGGCGAAAUGUUCAUGAAUCUGGACAUGAAAUCGCCAGCCGUGGCCGAUUUGCUGGAUUUGGGAUACAUUUUUGCUCUGCCAGAUCGAGAUCAUCUGGGACGCAGAGUAAUAAUGCACCGACCGGGAGUGUUUAAUAUGCAGAAGCACAAGAACUACGAUAUGCUCAAAGUGCAUGCUCUCACGUAUGAGACUCUGCUUGAGGAUGAGGAGAAUCAAAUUCGAGGUUUUGUCUAUGUUGUCGAUGCGGCGAAGAUUGGUCUGCAACACUUGACGCUCUUCACACCCCAGGAAGCUGUCAGGAUUGCCAAAAAUGCAGAGAGAACCGUCCCAAUGCGCCACAAGAGGCUGAUAGCAUUCAACAUCAAUUCGAGCCUGAAGUUCGCCGUGGACUUUGGCAUAUCUCUCGUGAGUGAGAAAUUCAAGAAGCGCGUCAUUCUGUGCACAAAUCUCGAGAGAGCCAAUCGAUAUAUUGACAGCAGUCUCCUCCCGGCUGAAUACGGAGGAAACAUGCCGAUGGCAGAGAUGAUAAAGCUGUUCAAGAAGGAGCUGGAGGACAAGCAGCCAACCAUCCUGCACAACGACAAUAUGAAUCUGAGAUUGGACAUGUAUCCGCCGGAAGCUCUCGAGGGAUCUCUGGGUGCGAUAAAUCGAGCGUGUGGCGCUCAGAAAGACUCCGUCGGAUCGACUUUCCACGGUUUGCAGGGUAGUUUCCGUAAGUUAGAGGUGGAUUGAGUAACAAGAGAGACUUACUU